UUCUCCUGGAUGCAGCUGUUCUUCUGUAAACAUGGCGUCCGUAACUACAGCCACCUCGGAGUGGAUCCAGUUCUUCAAGGAUGCUGGGAUCCCUGCUGGUCUGGCUGUCAACUAUGCCGUGUCUUUUGUGGACAACAGGAUCCAGAAGAACAUGCUGAUGGACCUCAGUAAGGAGAUCAUGAUGGACCUGGGCAUCACUGUCAUCGGUGACAUUAUUGCCAUCCUCAAACAUGCCAAACAGGUCUACCGACAGGACAUGUGCAAAAUGGCCACACAGGCCAUAACCUCAGGACAGUCCAGCGUUCAGACCGAACUCCGAAGAACUGCCAACACCCCCGCCACGCGUAUGAUUGCCAACGCCUUGAGCCACGACUCACCGCCAAGCACACCAGCCCAUCACCCUGACAACCGGGCAAUCUCUGUGACCGUGUCGAACAAACAGGCCAAGAGUGGCAAAGCAGUGCUGAGCCGGCCUGCUGACGAGGGGAACGGUCUGCCAGUGAAGCGUCGGCGUGUGACUGCAGAGAUGGAAGGCAAGUACAUCAUCAACAUGCCCAAAGGCACCACGGCACGCACCGCCCGAAUCCUGGCCCAGCAGGCCAAGAAAGGGAACAAGCGGAUGUCUGUGUUUGAGCGACUGGGAGCCGAGUCCAAGGCAGAUACCACCACAGGCAGCAGCAAGGCCACGGGUGUGUUCAGUCGUCUGGGCCGAGCAGACGGAGCGGAGGAGGAGCAGGGAACAGCAGGAAGGGUUGAUGGAGACGGAGCAGAGGAAGAGGAGGAUGGUAGUGAUGGAGAGGGUUCAGUCCUACAGUACGCUGGCGUCCUCAAGCGACUCCCUCCCUCCCAGAAGAAAGAGCCUGUGGCCCCCAGGCUGGCCCCCACCACCCUCCGCCGCCUAGGAGGGAAGUUCAAACUCCCCCCCACUGACUCUCCCUCCUCCUCUUCCUCCCCCGAUGGCCUCCCGCCUGCCAAGCUCAGCGUGCUUCAGAGGCUGGGCAAGCCCCCUGCCUCCCCACCGCCCACCGACACCCAGGACAGCCGGGUGACCAGCACCAGAAAUAAGGCCCGGCCAGGCCUGGCCCUGGCUAGCCCCAAGGUCAGCAGCAGCACCAGGGCUGGAGGAGGGGAGAGUUUUGGGGCUCAGAUGGACGUAGGGUCGGUCAAUGUCUUUAAGAGACUGGGCAGCAAGAGGACCUAACGCAUAUCAGGCCAUGUCUAGACCUAUACCGUUUUAUUAUUAGCAUCCAUCCCCCCUACACGCUGGAGUCAUGAAAAGCAUUGUGUUAUUAUAUCCAACCUUAGAGGUUUGAGACGACCACUGCAAUUGGCCUGGGUGAAUGAAAAGUUUGGAUGUUGCAUCAUGUUUUAAGGGAAUGUUUUGUACGUUUUUAGUUUCUAUAGGCAUGAAUUGACCCAUCCAACCUAGCUACGUUUUUAGGUUAGACACAUGCAGACAAAGAUAGUCACGCAUGGUGCGAUAUUCAAACUCUGCAUUUUCUCCACGCUACUGCUCCUCUCCCUCUGCUAAACAAGGAGAUUAAACCCUCUGUACCCAUCUCCAGCUUUUUAGUUGUAUUGUGGUAUUCUAUUUUUAUGGCAUGGCACCAACUAAGCCACCUAUAAAAACAAAUAGAGAGUUGCACACUAUAUAUAUAUCUCCCAGUGAUUCACUGGGUAAAACACCUAUGUUUUGGCAUCACUGACCCUGAAGAAGGCACAGUGAUGCCAAAACGUUGGUGUUUUACCCAGUGAAUGACUGGGUGUUUAUAUACACUACCGGUCAAAAGUUUUAGAACACCUACUCAUUCAAGGGUUUUUCUUUAUAUAUUUUUCUCUACAUUGUAGAAUAAUAGUGAAGAUAUCAAAACACAUAUGGUAGUGUUAAUCAAAAUAGAUGUUAUAUUUGAGAUUGUUCAAAUCGCCACCCUUUGCCUUGAUGACAGCUUUGCACACUCUUGCAUUCU